CCCUAGGAACUACUGAUACCUGUAUCGUUACGAAUUAUUGUUACAUUUACAGUUACUGAGAUAGUGCUACUAUUAGUAUUACCAACACUGUAUUGUUGGAGGAGCAGUUGGAGGCUAUCCUAAUUAAAGUAGAGGCAAUAGAUAGAAGAGAAGGGUAAACUGUGGGAAAUGAAAGCAGGAUUUCAACUUCAGUUCAAUAUCACGAGUGGGCCUUUUUGCUAGUGUAUUGUGGAUCUCUCUCUGUGGCAAGUGGUGCCUGACCAGGCAGUUUGUCUAGAAGCAAUCAAAUAUGACUCAGAAUCGAAGCAGUGGUGGAACCAAGACUUCUGGAAGCAAAAAAACAAAGACAGUUGUAAAGAAGGACAAAGACAAAGAAAAAAAGAGGCGAGCAAAGUCUUCUAGUAGUGAUGAUGGUAAAAGUGCAAGUGACAGCUCACGUAGUAGGUCCAGAUCCUCUUCAUCUAGUGUAAGUAGUUCUAGUUCUAGCAGUGGAAGUUCUUCUAGUUCCAGCAGUAGUGGAAAAUCACAUUCAAGGUCUCGAUCCAAUUCUUCAUCAUCCACAUCUUCAUCUUCGUCUUCUGGAUUACCAAAACGUUCAACUUCUAACCGUGAUCAGAAAAAACGGCCUUCUUCAAGGUCACCAUCUCCAAGAAGAAGAAAGCGUAGCCCCACUCCACGACCUACAAAGAUUCACGUGGGUCGACUAACCAAAAAUGUCACUAAGGAGCAUGUGAUGGAAAUUUUCAGCACAUAUGGAACAGUGAAAAGUGUGGAUAUGCCAAAAAUUCGACCAAACAGUUACUUAACAAGAGGGUUUGCUUAUGUCGAGUUUGAAAAAUCAGAUGAUGCUGAAAAAGCACUGAAGCAUAUGGAUGGAGGUCAAAUAGAUGGGCAAGAAGUUACAGCAGCACCAGUGUUGAUACCUAAACAACGACCCCCACCUCUUAGGCAACCAUCACCUCCUCGUAGAGGACCACCGCCAUCAUGGAGACGUUCCCCUCCUCCUCGUGUACGUGCUCGUCGAAGAUCACCUCCAAGGCGUCGGUCACCAAUUAGAAGACGGUCACGUACAAGAUCAAGAACUAGGUCUCCAGCUCGUAGAAGACGUGUUGAAAGGUCAAGUUCCAGCUCUUCUCGUUAGCCAAUACAUUCAAUAUGAGAGUUUAUGUAGAAUGCUUAGGUCUAUGUCUUAUAAGUUGCCCAAACCACAGUUUUGUGUUUAUAGUAGGAUUUUGAAUUGAUGGCUAAAUAAAGUGACUUUUUUUGUA